AUGCUGUGGAUAUUUCAUUAUUUUCUUGUCUGUGUUUCGAUCACCAACCCUGUAAUCGCUGAGGAUCAAUGCAGGGUAGAAAUUAACAUUCGUGGCAUGGCUCUCAAAGGUUUCGCUUUUAAGAGAAUGGCGGUGGCGGCUCCUCACAUUUGUGAUAUCUUAUGUGAAAGGGAAAUUAUCUGCCAGAGCUAUAAUUUCAACAGAAAAGAACAGAUCUGUGAAUUAAACAACCGCACAAAGGAUGCAAGACCCGAGAAUUUCCGCUCAGACCCAGCGUGCUUUUAUAUUCGCCGUUUAAACGGAAGAGCUCCCUUGGGUUCGAUACAGGAGUUACCAGCACGUUCAUGCCGUGAAAUAACAGCAAGCGAAGGGAAAGACACCGCAAGCAACAAAUACUGGCUGGAUCCAUCUGGCACUGGGAAGGCAGUGUUGGUUUACUGUGAUAUGAAUUUGGAAGAUCACGAUGAAUGCAUCAGUGGAAACAAUGCCUGUGACGUCAAUGCAUACUGUAGCAACACUGAGGGUUCCUAUCAUUGUACCUGCAAGGAAGGAUACACUGGCGAUGGACGCUCGUGUUCAGAUGAUGUUUAUGUGGACACCAUAAACAAAAAAACCACCAGUCAAAUGGCUAAUCAAGAUGAUAUACAUUUAUUUGCUGAGAGGGGAGAGGAGCGGAGGGGAGGAGGGGGAGGGGUGACAGUUUCCGUAUCUACAGAUGGGUAG